GCCUCGGCUCCACCUGCCUCCAGCGACCCUAGCGCUCCACGCGCCUCCCGCCCGCAUGAGGACGAGAGGCCAGUAGAGGAGCGUGGAAGAAAAGUUGUCCCCCAGGAUGGACUUCCCCCCUGCACAGCCCAAGCCGCCCACGGCCCUCUGCGGCGUGGUGAGCUCCGACGGGAAAAUCACCUACCCCCCGGGGGUGAAGGAGAUCACUGACAAGAUCACCAACGACGAGGUGGUCAAGCGGCUCAAGAUGGUAGUAAAAACGUUUAUGGACAUGGAUCAGGACUCAGAAGAUGAAAAGCAGCAGUAUCUCCCUCUAGCCUUGCAUCUUGCAUCUGAAUUCUUCCUCAGGAAUCCCAACAAAGAUGUACGUCUUCUUGUAGCAUGUUGUUUGGCUGAUAUUUUCCGAAUCUAUGCUCCAGAAGCACCAUAUACUUCCCAUGACAAACUCAAGGACAUAUUUUUAUUCAUUACAAGACAGUUAAAAGGUUUGGAAGAUACGAAGAGUCCACAAUUUAAUAGAUAUUUUUACUUAUUAGAGAAUUUAGCUUGGGUUAAAUCCUAUAACAUCUGCUUUGAAUUGGAAGAUUGCAAUGAAAUUUUUAUUCAACUUUUUAGAACUCUCUUCUCAGUGAUCAACAAUAGCCACAAUAAGAAGGUACAAAUGCACAUGUUGGACUUGAUGAGUUCUAUCAUCAUGGAAGGUGAUGGAGUAACCCAAGAAUUAUUGGAUUCUAUUCUUAUUAACCUCAUUCCUGCACAUAAGAACCUAAAUAAACAAGCAUUUGAUCUUGCAAAAGUCUUACUGAAAAGAACAGUCCAGAUCAUUGAGGCAUCCAUUGCUAAUUUUUUCAACCAAGUUCUGGUUUUGGGAAGGUCUUCAGUAAGUGAUUUAUCAGAACAUGUAUUUGAUCUGAUACAGGAACUCUUUGCCAUAGAUCCUCAUUUAUUGCUCUCUGUUAUGCCACAACUUGAAUUCAAACUAAAGAGCAACGAUGGAGAAGAGCGUUUAGCUGUGGUUCGAUUGCUAGCUAAAUUGUUUGGUUCUAAAGAUUCUGAUUUGGCAACACAGAAUCGGCCUCUUUGGCAGUGUUUUCUUGGAAGAUUUAAUGACAUUCAUGUUCCAGUGAGGUUAGAAAGUGUGAAAUUUGCCAGUCACUGUUUAAUGAAUCACCCAGACUUAGCAAAGGACCUUACAGAAUACUUGAAAGUUAGGUCUCAUGAUCCAGAAGAAGCUAUUCGUCAUGACGUCAUUGUUACUAUAAUAACAGCUGGCAAAAGAGACCUUUCUUUAGUCAAUGAUCAGUUACUUGGCUUUGUGAGAGAAAGAACAUUGGACAAACGGUGGAGAGUUCGAAAAGAAGCUAUGAUGGGCCUUGCCCAACUUUAUAAAAAAUACUGUCUUCAUGCGGAAGCUGGAAGGGAAGCUGCUGAGAAAGUGAGCUGGAUAAAGGAUAAACUUUUGCACAUAUAUUAUCAAAACAGCAUUGAUGACAAAUUGUUGGUAGAGAAAAUCUUUGCUCAGUACCUUGUCCCUCACAAUCUUGAAACAGAAGAAAGAAUGAAAUGUUUAUAUUAUUUGUAUGCCAGCUUGGAUCCAAAUGCUGUAAAGGCACUCAAUGAAAUGUGGAAGUGCCAGAAUCUACUCAGGAGUCACGUGCGGGAGUUACUGGAUUUGCACAAACAGCCGACUUCAGAAGCUAACAGUUCUGCCAUGUUUGGAAAGCUGAUGACCAUAGCAAAGAAUUUGCCUGACCCUGGAAAAGCACAAGAUUUUGUGAAAAAGUUCAAUCAGGUCCUUGGCGAUGAUGAAAAACUUCGGUCUCAGUUAGAACUACUAAUCAGCCCUACAUGUUCAUGUAAACAGGCAGAUGUCUGUGUGAGAGAAAUAGCCCGAAAACUAGCAAACCCCAAGCAGCCAACUAAUCCUUUCCUUGAGAUGGUCAAAUUUCUUUUGGAAAGAAUUGCGCCUGUGCACAUUGACUCAGAAGCCAUCAGUGCACUAGUGAAGCUGAUGAACAAGUCAAUAGAGGGAACUGCUGAUGAUGAAGAGGAGGGUGUGAGUCCAGAUACAGCCAUUCGUGCAGGACUUGAACUACUUAAGGUUCUAUCUUUCACACAUCCUACCUCGUUUCACUCAGCAGAGACAUAUGAGUCCCUGCUGCAGUGCCUCAGAAUGGAAGAUGACAAAGUAGCAGAAGCCGCCAUACAGAUUUUUAGGAAUACAGGACACAAAAUAGAAACAGACCUUCCACAAAUAAGAUCCACCUUAAUUCCCAUUUUACAUCAAAAAGCAAAGAGAGGUACACCACACCAAGCAAAACAAGCUGUCCAUUGUAUCCAUGCCAUAUUCACAAAUAAAGAAGUACAGCUUGCACAGAUUUUUGAGCCUCUCAGUAGGAGUCUGAAUGCUGAUGUUCCAGAGCAGCUUAUAACCCCUUUAGUUUCAUUGGGCCAUAUUUCCAUGUUAGCACCAGAUCAGUUUGCUUCCCCAAUGAAAUCGGUAGUAGCAAAUUUUAUUGUGAAAGAUCUUCUAAUGAAUGACAGGUCAACAGGUGAGAAGAAUGGAAAAUUAUGGUCUCCAGAUGAAGAAGUUUCCCCAGAAGUACUAGCCAAAGUUCAAGCAAUUAAGCUUCUAGUACGAUGGCUAUUGGGGAUGAAAAACAACCAGUCUAAGUCUGCCAAUUCAACUCUUCGGUUAUUAUCAGCAAUGCUGGUUAGUGAGGGUGACCUGACGGAACAAAAGAGAAUCAGUAAAUCUGAUAUGUCUCGUUUGCGACUGGCUGCUGGUAGUGCCAUAAUGAAGCUUGCUCAGGAGCCUUGUUACCAUGAAAUUAUUACACCAGAACAGUUCCAGCUCUGUGCACUUGUAAUUAAUGAUGAGUGCUACCAAGUGAGGCAGAUAUUUGCUCAAAAACUGCACAAGGCUCUUGUGAAGUUACUGCUCCCAUUGGAGUACAUGGCAAUCUUUGCCUUGUGUGCCAAAGAUCCAGUGAAAGAGAGAAGAGCCCACGCCCGACAGUGUUUGCUCAAGAACAUCAGCAUACGAAGGGAGUACAUUAAGCAGAACCCCAUGGCUACUGAAAAGCUCUUAUCCCUGCUGCCUGAAUAUGUAGUUCCAUAUAUGAUUCACUUGCUGGCACAUGACCCAGAUUUUACAAAACCUCAAGAUGUUGAUCAACUUCGUGAUAUCAAAGAGUGCCUGUGGUUCAUGCUUGAAGUUUUAAUGACAAAGAAUGAGAAUAACAGCCACGCCUUUAUGAAGAAGAUGGCAGAAAACAUCAAGUUAACCAGAGAUGCCCAGUCUCCUGAUGAGCCUAAGACUAAUGAAAAACUUUACACAGUGUGUGAUGUUGCACUUUGUGUUAUAAACAGUAAAAGUGCUUUAUGCAAUGCAGACUCACCAAAGGACCCAGUCCUCCCAACCAAAUUUUUCACUCAGCCUGAAAAAGAUUUCUGUAAUGACAGGAGUUAUAUUUCUGAAGAGACAAGAGUUCUCCUAUUAACAGGAAAGCCAAAACCUGCUGGAGUACUAGGUGCUGUGAACAAGCCUUUAUCAGCAACAGGAAGGAAACCAUAUGUCAGAAGCACAGGAACAGAACCUGGAAGCAAUAUUAAUGUAAACUCAGAGCUGAACCCGUCAACAGGAAAUCGAUCAAGGGAACCAAAUUCAGAAGCUUCAGAAACUGGAGUUAGUGAAAACGAAGAGAACCCAGUGAGAAUCAUCUCAGUCACGCCGGUGAAGGCUGAGCCUGUAAAAAACAAGGAGAUUAACUCUGAUCAGGCUACUCAGGGCAACAUUAGCACUGACCGAGGAAAGAAGAGGACAGCAACAGCAUCUGGAGCAGAGAAUAUCCAGCAGAAAACUGAAGAGAAGAAGGCAGAUGAGACAGGACCACCCGUCCCUCCCAAGGCCAGACGAGGACGUCGGCCCAAGUCUGAAUCUCAGGGCAGUGCAACAAAAAAUGAGGAAACCAAUAAAUCUUCUGGGAGGGGAAGAAAGAGGGCCGCAGUUGGUCAGGAGAGCCCAGGGGGGCUGGAGGCAGGCAACGCCAAAGCACCCAAACUACAGGAUGUAGCCAAAAAAGCAGCACCAGCAGAGAGGCAAAUUGAUUUACAAAGGUAAAAAGAAGCCUCACUCGAAAAGGGAGGAAAUGACGGCCAAAUAAGGACAGGCUCAACCUUCUUCAAAAACUAGAAUUCAAAAUGUACAUGUACAGAAACUGAGAUUACUUCAAAACACCCAAUUUCUGCCUUGAAAACUGAAAAACUAUUACUUCCCUUUCAUAUGACACCAGUCCUUGAAUGGAAAUGUAAAGCAGAAACUCUUGAGAGAGGCUAAAAGCAACUGUACUUAUUUUCCCCUGAGACUUUUUUUAUGAGAAGUCAAUAAUUAAGCAAAUUGCUUAACACUUGGUUCCAGUUCCUGCAUAUCUGGAGUUUAAAGUGCAUCACACCGUUCUUUUCCAUGCUGCAUCUUUUUUUUUUUAAAGAAAGUCACAGGAUGUCCUUACACUGACACAGAAAAUUCAUAAUUCUAGAGCCAGGAAUGCCCAUGUUACACAAGAGAAAUAGAAGCCUACUGAAUUAAUUUUAAGGAGAAAAAGAGAUUGGAACAAGUACUUCUUGGCUUUUCCUUUUGAAGACUUUUAUGUAUAAUUCUUUCCGCCUGCCUACUUUUCUGCAAAAAUAAGAUGUACAGAUUUCAUUUCCCUGCUAUGAAAAGUCAUGUGGUGGCAAUUUUAUAAAUGUUGCUUUCUGAUUUUUAUCAGAGUGAAAAAAUAAUUAAAAUUAUUGGUUUGCAAGUAAACAUUUCAUUUUUUAAUUUUCCCCCACUUUAGUUUAAUAUAAUUUGCAAUAAAUGUACAUAUUGUUGUUUGUUUUAUAAAGCAUAUCACUUUAAAAGUUUUUUAUUCCAGUGGCUAUUAUGUUGGAAUAUUGGAAAUUUUAAAGGAGUAAAGGCAGUUCAGGAUUUGGUUUUGUAAUGUGCAUCACCAGAUUUUUAUUAUUGAUGUAAAAAAGUCAAUUUUUAAAAAUAGAUGGACUUUGGCAGCUUCAUAAGGAAAAUUGGAAAUGUUUAGAAUUGCACUCAGUUUUAAGCAUUGCGAUAAAUGAAAGAAUGUCUGUUUUGCAUUUUGUUUCCCAGUAUGAACUCAUUUUUUUUUUAAAUUUUAGAAGACUGUUGCACCAAUAUUAUGUUUCCUGGCAUUGUUCAGCAAGGGUAAAAGUGUACACUUUAUGUACACAUGAUCAUAUUUAAGUUGGUUGCAUAAAAUAAAUGCUUCUAGGUGUCAUAAUAGUCCUUGCUUAAUCUGUCAGUAUGUUUUCUCGUCUUAAAUGGAGUUUUCUUAUGUGCAGAGGCUAAAUGGAUUCAGAAUUGGAUGGCAUAAUUACAGUCAACUCUCUGUUAUCCGUGGUAAUGGAGGGUAAGAGUGGUGAAUUCAAGAAGUACUUCUUUGAUUCAACGCAGUGAUGUGUCUGACCUGGAAAUGCAUGAAAAAAAAAAAAAGCAAGCAAGCAAGCAUCCUCU